GGUCUGCCCGUCAAUGACGCUGGCACGUGAAACAGGAACUACCAGCGAGAUGAAGUGAUGUGCUGGCAUUUUGUGGGAAAAUUUGGAUCAAAGUGCAGAGAAACUCGUCAGUGCGUUUUCUAGGCGUCCACGUACACAAGACAUGGACGUGACAGUGCAGGCAUACGUGUACUGAGCGACGCGUUUUCAUCGGUUAACGAGAACAGUGCUUAGGAAGGGAAAUGGGGAGGAAGGAUGCCAGCGCCACUAGAUUACCAGUUGAUCAGUACCGCAAACAGAUUGGGAAACAGGACUACAAGAAGACAAAGGUAGUCUUAAAGGCCACGCGUCUGAAAGCUGAAGCGAAGAAGAAUUCCUCUGGAUUUCGGGAUGCUUUCCUGGUCAUCGCAGCAAUCCUGCUCUUUGUCCUUUGUCUUUACGCCUUCUUCUACCUCAAUUUGAGCACAGAGAUGAACCUGGAUGUGGAUGAAUGAUGUCUGGACAACAGGCCUCCAACAGUCACAUUUCUGGAAAAAUUUAAAAAUGUCAUUAUUACAAUAACUAUGAUUUUACAUUCUUUUAUCCACUUGUCCGAUCGCUACAAGCGUAGCUUUGAUUCCCUGCAAACAUCCCUUUGAACACACGUCUUCCAACAACAGUCGAAACCAAGCUCUGUUAAUCACAUUCUGCACAUCAGCUCCCGCUGUUUGCUUUCUAAUAAAAAAAACUGCAUAUCUCCCAUUGAAUCCAUCGUCGCAUCUGCACAAACACUUGCAUCACAUUCCGGCGCACAAACCUCUCCUCCCCGAUAUCUGCUGAUCACAAAGUGUGAGAUUAGAAUCCACAAAGCCCUGGUCCUGAUUGAAUGUGUGCGCCGAAUACAGAGCAGCACCAUCUACCUGCUGCACAUGCAGGCGGACCGGCACGGGAUUAAUGUUACAAAUAUGAUCCUGGUCGUGCAUUUGGAAGGAAAUGACAGAGAUGAAGGAGCAUUAGGUUAAGUUAAGCUUCCUCUGUACGCCUCUGCUAUAGCUCAGGGUUGUCAGGGUCAACCCUCAGAGACCAAGGGGCCGUGCACCGUCGACUCCCACAUCUGCUCACGCUACGUUCCGUCAUUGUUACACGUCUUGAAAUGUGAGAGGGUUUCGGAGCUUCCCGUUUCUGGCUCCUCUCCCAUGACCUCCGGACCUCUAUUAAAAGGCAAAACGUCAAAGAGGCCAUUAUGAUAACCACGAUGUCGUUCACUCGCCCGGUGGCUUUUAUCGGGCCUCGCUUCAUCCACGGCGCCUCCUCCGCUCGCGCGUGUAACAAUAGAUAGCGCGGCCUAAUAGAGCUCCAUACAUGACACCUGUUAUCUGAAAGGUCACCAAAGACUUCUGAGUCUGGAUGGCUCCAGCAGCUCGGCCUCGGUCAGGCCCAUGUUUGCCAAGAUGUUUUAUUUUAUACAAUGAAGUACGGGUUUUGGGAAUUGGGAACCUUUUACGGUUGGUUUGUCUUCAUGAUUCAGCUGUAUUGUGAUUGUUAUUUUUCUAUGUUUCUUUUGUUUAGUCACUAUUUUGGGUGAACGUUUUCAUUAUCUAUCAUGUAAAGAAAAAUAAAGGACAUUUUUUUCAGCAUUCA